CAGCCAUCCGGUAUGAGGGGGCCAGUCAUUGUCCUCACUCUCCUAGGGAUCACCUCAGGAGGAGAGGCACUGCACCUGGUCCACCUGCCAGCCACUAGCAACGUGGCAGAGAACGCUCCACCUGCCACUUUGGUGCAUGAGUUUUCCGUGAAUUUAUCAGUGUCAUUGUCACCCGUGAUCCCUGGAUUUCCCAUGGUAAUCAAUCCAAGACCCUUCACGGAAGCCUUCAGGGUAAACCGACUAUCAGCAACCAACUUUGAGGUUGUCACCACUGGGAAGGAACAACUGGAUUUUGAAACAGGACCAAAAUCAUUUGAUUUGCAGAUUUAUGUUAAGGAUGAUGUUGGCGUCACAGACUUGCAGGUCCUGACGGUUCAGGUGACAGAUGUGAACGAACCGCCUCAGUUUCAAGGCAACUUAGCGCAAGGUUUAAAUCUCUAUGUAGUAGAAAGAACAAACCCUGGAUUCAUUUACCAGGUGGAGGCCUUUGACCAGGAAGACACAAGCCGGAACACACCCCUCAGGUACUUCCUCAUUUCUCCCUCGACGAACUUCAGACUGUCCGCUAACGGCACCCUCUUCUCCACCACAGAACUGGACUUUGAAGCAGGACAAAAGAGCUUCUACCUCAUUGUGGGAGUGAGAGACAGCGGGGAUCUCGAAGCUUCCACGGCACUCCAGGUGACUAUCGUCAAUGUCAACGAUGAGGUCCCACGCUUUACCAGUCCAAGGAGAGUGUACUCCAUCCCGGAGGAAGUGGUUCCAGGAACCAUCGUGGCAAACAUCACGGCGGUGGAUCCUGAUGAUGAGGGCUUUCCUGGCCACCUCCUCUACAGCAUCACUACCGUCAGCCGCUAUUUUGUGAUAGACCAGUUGACAGGGACAAUCCAAGUGGCCCAAAGGCUAGAUCGAGAUGCAGGCGAACUGAGACAGAACCCCGUCAUUCCCCUGGAAGUUCUGGUGAGAGACAGACCCUCUGGGGGUCAGGAGAACCGCAUCCAAAUAAGCUUCAUUGUGGAAGACAUCAAUGACAACCCUGCAACAUGUGGACAGCUCACCUUCAGCAUUAUGUUGACUGAAAGAGCAGCCAACGGGACGUUGCUUUUGGACUUAAGCAAGUUCUGCUUUGAUGAUGACAGCGAAGCUCCAAACAACAAAUUCAACUUCAGCACGCCAUCUGGAGUCGGGAGCAGCCGCAGAUUUUCACAGCAUCCAGCUGGCUCUGGGAGAAUUGUGUUGACUGGCGAUCUAAAUUAUGAAAAUCCAAGCAACCUUGCAGCUGGCAAUAAGUACAGCGUGAUAAUCCAGGUGCAAGACAUUGCCCCUCCGUACUAUAAAAGCAACAUCUACAUUUCUAUUCUAACAAGUCCGGAAAAUGAAUUUCCUCUUGUCUUUGAUAGGCCGUCCUACAUGUUUGAUGUGUCAGAAACAAGACCAGCUAGAACCCGGGUUGGGCAGGUGCGAGCCACUGACGAGGACUUCCCCCAGAGUCAGGUGCUGUAUUCCAUCUCCGGAGGAGGGGCCAGCCUCCAGUACCCAAACAUAUUUUGGAUUAAUCCCAAGACAGGAGAACUUCAGCUAGUAACUAAGGCCGACCACGAAACCACUUCCGUCUACAUUCUCACAGUCGAGGCCACCAAUGGCGAGGACCGGAGCUCAGUCACUGUGACUGUGAACAUCAUUGGAGAAAAUGAUGAAAAGCCAGUAUGCACCCCCAAUUCCUACUUCAUGGCCAUCCCAGUGGAUCUUAAAGUUGGUACAAACAUUCAGAACUUCCAGUUGACAUGUACUGACCUUGAUUCGAGCCCCAGAUCUCUCCGAUACUCCAUUGGCUCAGGCAACAUCAACAAUCAUUUCGCCUUCUCUCCCAACGCGGGCUCCAAUGUCACACGCCUGCUUCUGGCAUCUCCCUUUGACUACGGUAGCCUGGAUAUGGUCAGGGACUACCGGCUGCUUGUCUACAUUACUGAUGACAACUUGCUCUCUGGCAGAACAAACGCCAAGGCUCUUGUUGAAACGGGGACGGUGACACUGAGUGUGAAAGUCAUUCCUCACCCAACCACGAUCGUCACCACAACUCCCAGGCCCAGGAUUACCUACCAGAUCCUCAGGAAAAACAUGUACUCCCCAUCAGCCUGGUAUGUGCCAUUCACCAUCACUGUGGGCUCCAUGAUGCUUGUGGGUCUUCUGGGGUCCCUGCUGGUCCUGCUGGUCAAAGCCAUCUACAGACAUUGCCACUCCAUGAGCAGGAAGGACAGGAAACCUCUGACAAAGAAAGGAGACAUGAAGAAUGUGAAGAGAGAGGCUGUGGUGGAAUCCAUCCAGGUGAACACUGUCUUUGAUGGAGAAGCCAUAGACCCAGUGACUGGGGAAAUAUAUGAAUUCAAUUCAAAAACUGGAGCCAGAAAGUGGAAAGGCCCAAUAACCCAGCUGCCCAAUUCACCGGAGGCUGAUCCCCAGCACGGAGGCACAGCUGGAGAAGGGUCAGGCCCGAAACACACAGGAAAAUAACAGGUUCACAACUACCUGUGCCCAACGUGUGGGAGUGCUAGCAUUUGAUGCCAAGUUGCCCCCUUGUGUUCUUUGCAGCGGCGGCUCAGCUAGGCAUCACACCUCACUCCCUCUAGGACACCUGUGCUCGUGUUCACUUAUAAAUACAGCUCAA